GGUGGCUCCCGUGCCCAUCAACGGAGUUGCAGAUCGCCUGGGCUGUGACCCUCGGACACGGUUCCAGGUGCCACCAAACACCAAGCAGUGGAUCGCGUUGCUGCAGCGAGGGAACUGCACCUUCCGAGAGAAAAUACUGCGAGCAGCGUCACAUAAUGCCACAGCUGUGGUCAUUUACAACAAUAUAUCCAGUGAAGAGCCUGUCACGAUGACUCAUCAAGGAACUGGAGACAUUGUUGCUGUCAUGAUUACAGAAUCAAAGGUUAAGGAGAUCCUGAAUUACUUGGAAAAGAAUAUCUCUGUCCUGAUGGCCAUAGCAGUGGGGUCCCGUGUUCCUCCAAAGAACUUCAGUCGGGGCUCUCUAGUCUUUGUGUCAAUAUCAUUCAUUGUUUUGAUGAUAAUUUCUUCAGCAUGGCUAAUAUUUUACUUCAUCCAGAAGAUCAGGUAUACAAGUGCACGUGACAGAAAUCAGCGUCGCCUUGGAGAUGCUGCCAAGAAAGCCAUUGGUAAAUUGACAACCAGGACAGUAAAGAAGGGUGAUAAGGAAACAGACCCAGACUUUGAUCACUGUGCUGUCUGCAUUGAGAGUUACAAGCAGAACGACGUUGUUCGUGUUUUACCAUGCAAGCAUGUUUUCCACAAAGCCUGUGUGGAUCCAUGGCUUAGUGAGCACUGUACGUGUCCAAUGUGUAAACUGAACAUUUUGAAGGCACUAGGAAUUGUGCCAAACGUGCCAUGUACAGAUAAUGUAGCCUUUGACAUGGAAAGGCUGACCAGAGGGCAGCCAGCCAGCAGGCGAGCAGCGCUCGGUGAUUUCGCCAAUGACAGCGCCCUCAGCCUGGAGCCACUGCGCACCUCGGGCAUGUCACAGCUCCCCCAGGACGGGGAGCUGACACCCCGCUCAGGAGAGAUCAACAUUGCUGUGACAAAAGAAUGGUUUAUUAUUGCCAGUUUUGGCCUCCUCAGUGCCCUUACACUCUGCUACAUGAUCAUCAAAGCCACAGCUAGCUUGAAUGCUAAUGAAGCAGAAUGGUAUUGAAGAAACGCUUUCCAGCCGAUUGCCUUGGAGAGAGACACCUAUUUUUAUGCAUCAUUUAUCGAUCAUGCAGCACAAGCAAUUAUCUAGUACAUUCUAUUUUUUCAUAAAAUUUGCUGAUGCCAAAGCUUUGUAUUAAGGAAAAAGUGAAGAAAUAAA